AUGCCCAACUACAAGCUCACGUAUUUUGACUUGAGAGGACGAGCUGAAAUCCAUCGUCAACUCUUUGCUUUGGCCGGUGUCCCCUAUGUUGAUAAACGGAUCAAGCCCGAAGAUUGGCCAACAUUGAAGCCAACAACCCCAUUCGGCCAGCUUCCUUUGUUGGAAGUCGAUGGAAAACCCAUUCCCCAAUCAAUGGCAAUCGCUCGUUUUUUGGCUAAGCGAUUCGGUUUUGCUGGUGCCAACGAUCUUGAGGAGGCUCAAAUCGAUGCUCUCGUCGAUUUGUUGAAUGACUAUAUGACUGAGCAAAAGCACUUCUUUGGGGUGCUUGUCGGACGAGUGCCUGGAGAUAAGGCAGCCGCCACCAAAGAGCUCUUCGAACCAGCCAGAGACAAGUACUUUCCACUUGUCAUCGAGAAAUACCUGAAGAAGAGCAAGAGCGGAUUUCUGGUUGGCUCAAAAGUCUCAUGGGUUGACUUGCAUCUCGCCGGCCACAUCACCACCUAUCAACAGCUCAUCCCGGGAGCUUUUGACAAGUAUCCAGAGGUGAUUGCCCAUCGAGACCGAGUCGAGGCUCUGCCUGCAAUCAAAGAAUGGAUCGCUAAACGGCCAAAGAGCAGCUAC